AAUAUUGAAAACAGUUUUAUACGUUUGAGCAUAAUUCAACUAAGAAAAGACUCUGAUUCAGCGCAAAGUAAGUGGACUUAAAAAAGUUGUCGAAAAGCUUAUAAGAAGUUUUUCGGUGCUAAUCAUAAGUUUGCAAAAGAAAAAGAAGUCACAUCCUCGCUUUUCUGCGUCAUCCAAGUAUCAUACUUGGAAAUCUCAACUGUUCUUCACAACAAACAAACCUUUCCCAAAUUAUCCAUCAUGUACCCCAAUGAUACACCAAAUCUUGAUCCACGCAACACUGAGUCACCAAAUGCAGUUACACAAUUUGUUCAUCGCCCAACCAUUUUGGUAGAGCCAGUCCUGAUUCCACGCCCCAUAUUGCUCAUUCCAAUAGUAUUUAGAAGUCCCUCUACACCAGUUUAUCGCUUCAAUGGAUAUGUCCCCGCGCCUGCUAUUCCACCUGCGUCACCAAUACUUUACUACCGCGCACCCGCAGGUUGUUCGACUGCUCCAAGUGUAUCAGUAAGGCAAACACUAAAUGCGGCUAAUAUGACUGUAUUAAAUACACAAAACAGUCAAAUUAUGCCACAACCCGCCGACACUGAUACACUUCGAUUUGCAGCGCCACCCAUGGCUGGAGUAUACAGCAAUAUGGUUGUGCCGGUAGUACCAGUUAUACCGCUUGUACCGAUUGUUCCACCAGUAGUAAAUAAUGGUAUUGGUUUCAUAGAAAAUAACCAACAAGUGGCACUUCAACAAACACCAGUAACAAGUACUCCAGUAAUGGUGGACAUGAAUGCGUCCAUAUUGCACAAUGCUGACCAAUUCUAUGCUGCGUCUACCACGCUUCAAGCGGCAGUAAUUACGCCUCAGCAAGCAAAUAUUAACAAUCCUUACGUUAUGGAAGGUGACAAUAUUGAAACUGCAUUUGAGGACAGCAUUUCAAACAUCGAAUUACCAGAUAUGGGUCUUCCGGUAUUUACAGGUAUAUUUAAUAUACCGCAGGCCAUUGUCCGUCAAAGCAGUUUAUCGGUACCGACUUUGAAUUUAGUCGAGGGUUUGCCUACUUUAGCGAAUGGUGAAAAUGUGUCGCAACCAAUACCUGAACUCAACAAUUAUAACGUUGAGCAGUUUAUUGAAGAGUCUGCGUUGACAACUAUGCCGUCAAAUUUGGAUCCAAAUAUCCAUCUAGACAUUGAGCAAGCUUUUGCUGAUAUGUCAAUUGAGUCCAAUGUAGAAUUUGACGAUGAUAUGCCUGGUUUUUCUGGUGGCAGCAUGGGUCAGUUGGACGGAGUGGUGAUCGCAAAUACUGAAGUAUCUAAUACAAAGUUCAAAAUGGUGCUUGAUGAACAACUAUUUCAACUAUUUUACAAUAGUGAAAUUGAUGAGGAACUCGAGGUUGCCGCUGAACUAUUUACACGUGACUGGAGAUUUCAUGGACCUUCCUGCACGUGGUUUAGACGUGACCCAAAUAGCAGAGAUUUCAAGAUAAAUGGUUCGAUAGUACGUGGUGUUUAUGAACUCUACAAUACAAUAACAGCGUGUGUUGAUUUGGUUUACACUGAAAUUGACGAGAGUGAAUUCGACCACCAGCCUGAGGCCAUAAGUCAUGAAGUUGUUUUUACUAAAAAUGCUGAUCAGACUUAACGUUCUUAAAAUAUGUUCUGUAAUAUGCAUAUAUUUUUCUACAAGAUUUCUUU